AUGGCGGCAUCUCACCACACAUCGCUAGUCGCCACGGCAAGCAAAAUUGCCAGUCCGCGGCUGCCGUAUUCGUCAGCCGUGUCCCGCCUCUCUGCCGCGCUCGCUUCGUCGUCGCCCCUCGCUGCCCCGAUUUGCGUUCCUCUCCGCCUUCCCUCUCCCCAUGGCACCGCUACUGCCGUAGCCGCCACUGCCGCAAUUCCCUCUUCCCGCCGAAUCGCCUCACCUUCCGCCAAGGCGGCGAGAGGACCAUUGCGCUGCGCGCGCCGCCGCCUGACUGUGUCCGUGCGAUCGGCGGAAGGGGACUCCGCGCGCGACCUAUCAAUCUCCGGGGAAUCGCAACCGGCGGAACGAUCACCGGUGGAAGUAUCUGCGGCGGAAGCGCAAUCAGCGGAAUUUCCAACAGGGAAAGCAGUAGCGAGAGCGGAAGCGGAAGUUGCCAUUGUUGCAAGCGCGGAUUCGGUUGGCGGAGGAAGCAUCGCCGGAAAUGAGGCGGCGGCAGAGAAAGGGAACUGGUCAACGUCGUGGGAGCCCAAGGCAGCGCUGGGCGUGCUGCUGCUGUCCGUGCCCGUGGUGCCCGCGCUGCCGCGCUGCCAGUGGUCCGCGCCGCUCUACUUCGGCCUGCUCGCGCUCUGGGCCGUCUACGUGGGCAGUCACCGCAGCCUCACGCGGCCCCCAGUGCAGGCGGUGAGCAUGCAGCAGGGCAUGGCAGUGCCCAUCCUCUGCUCCCUCGCGCUCUUCUCCCUCUACUGCCUGCUGCGCUUCGCCCCGGACCUCGACCUGCGCCUGCUCUUCUCCUCCUACCUCACGCUUGUCGGUGGGGUUGCAGUGGCCAGCCACCUAGCUGACCCGCUCAAGGCCGCGUUGCCCAAGGAGAUCAACGACCGGCUGUCCCUCACGCUAGACAUCCCCUCGUGGCUAUUAGAGAGCUCCCCUUCCUCCUCCUCCUCCUCCUCCUCCUCUCCCUCCUCCUCUCCCUCCCCCACCCCCUCCUCUUCCUCGUCCCCACCUGCACCAGCAGUGCUCACCCUCUCUGCAUCCGACGUGCUUUCUGCUGCCCUGGGCAUGGCGAUGGCGGUGGCAUCAAUGCAGCCGUCAGCGCCCUUCUCCCUGGGCAACAUCGUGGCUGUCUGCAUUGUCUCCGAGGUGCUGCAGAUGCUCUCCCUUAGGAGCUUCGCGGUGGCGUCAGCAGUGCUGGUGGGGCUACUGUUGUACGACGUGUUCUGGGUGUUUGGCUCCUCGCCCAUCUUUGGAGACAACGUCAUGGUCACGGUGGCCACAGCGGAUGCUCUGGUGGGACCCAUGAAGCUCGUCUUCCCUCGCUGGACGGUAGACGCGUCAUCACCCUACUCCAUUCUAGGUCUGGGGGACGUGGCAGCGCCAGGCCUGCUCAUGGCUCUCAUGCUCCGAUUCGACUCGCACCGCUCCUCCUCCUCUGCUGCCGCCGCCACCUCUGCUGCUGCUGAGCCUGCUUCUGCAGACGCUCAUUCCAGGGAUCCGGCAGCACAGGCCGACAGCAGCAGUACCAGCAGCAGCAGCCACAGCAGCAGCAGCAGCAAGGGGACGGCGGUGGUGGUGGCAGCAGCGCCGGACGGAGCAGGGCUGGAGGACAAGACAUAUUUCCUCGUGUCUGUUGCCUCGUACCUCGCUGGCCUCGCCAUCACCAUCGGGGUGAACACAGUGACAGGGGCAGCGCAACCGGCCUUGCUGUAUCUGGUGCCGUCGCUGCUGCUGGGCGUGUCAGCAGCUGCAGCAGCGCGCAGCGAGCUGGAUGUGCUUCUGCGCUUUGAUGACACUGCUAGUGGGGAUGGCAUGGAGGGGGGGAGGACGGGUCUGCUUUUUAAGCCUCCUUCUACGCUAGCAGGCCUUAAUUUCAGCAGCCGAAAAGGCCUGCAGCCAGCGAUGCCGACGGUGUCGCAUUCGGCCUCACCGCGCCGCGUCGCUUUCCCGAUUCCCCCCCCGUUCCUCCCGCUCCUCGUACUUUUCCUAGUGCUUGCCGGCCCACCCCGCUACACUACAGUGACAGCAACGGAAGCAGGAAUGGACGCAGCAGCAGUCGCAGUCGCAGCGACACGGGCGCCACCAGUAGCAGCACCGAGUCAAACGUCUGACCGCCAGGAAGCGCGCGUGGCACUUCUCGGGAAGGAGGUCCCUUUCACCGCCCCGCCAGCCCCGCCGCCGGCGCCAGCGGCGACGACGCCGAGUAACACGACUCUCGUGCUUCUGCCCGACAACCCAUACGCCGCCAAAUGCCUCGAUGGCAGUCCCCCGGGGUACUAUUUCCGCGCGGGCGUGGGGGAGGGGCGGCGCAAGUGGCACGUGUUCCUGGCGGGGGGCGGGUGGUGCGCCACGCGCGCGGAGUGCGUUGCGCGCAGCAAGACGUACCUGGGCAGCUCGCGCAUGUACCCCGCUGAUCCCUCCGCCUACGCGGACGCGCCAUGGAUGAAGCCCGGGUACGACGCCAUUCUGAGCGCCAAUGCCAGUGCCAACCCAGCAGUGCAUGAGUGGAACCUGGUGCGCGUGCUCUACUGCGAUGGAGGCGGGUAUGCCGGCACCAAGGGGCGUACCAAGCUCCCUGACGGCACCAGCAUUUACCUGGAUGGGUGGAAUGUCUUUCGAGCUGUGGUGCAAGAUCUGCGGGGAAAUCGCGGCAUGGAAUCUCCGUCCGACAUUCUCCUUUCGGGCAGCUCGGCUGGCGGGCAGGCGGUGGUGAACCUCUGUGAUUGGCUGGCGGCGAGCUUCCCAAACGCCACCACCCGAUGCCUGGUGGACUCUGGGUUCUUCAUGGACGCCAAGGACCGGCUGGGCAAGCAUGGCUUCAGAUCGCUGGCUCAGAGCAUCACAGCGCUGCACCGACCGUACAACCCUAACUGCACCUUGGCAGCAAAGUCUGCCCAGCAGUGGAAGUGCUUCUUCCCACAGUACACCCUACGCACUGUCGCCACGCCCGUUUUCAUCUUCCACACUCUCUUUGACUACAUAGCAGCCAUGCUGGGCAACCAGUUACCCAAGGACAACACAUCAUAUGCCGCUAACUGCGUGAGAGAGGUCAUAAACACGGCACCCACGGCUUCCUUUCAAUUCAUUAAGCUCAAGAGAGUGAGCUUAGCUGCUGAGAAACCGCCUGCGGUGAAUGUCACUUGCACGGCAGGUGAAAGGGACGCUGUGAUGGGAGUGGCGCUGGCUGUUCAUAACCAGAUAGUUGCUAUCGCGAGCGAUCGGCCGUCGAUCGGAGCGUACGUUCCUACAUCAUCUGUACAUACUGCCAUUACAAAUAGGUUUUGGACGGUGCCUUGGAUCAAUGGCACGUCAGUGUGUGGUGCUUUUAAAAGUUGGUCAAGAGGUUCGCCUCAGGGUGUUGCCAUGCUCAUCCAUAGCUAG